AUACUCCGUAGUGCAUGAUCUCAUGGCAUCUGCGACCUCACAGUCGGUCGCUGCACUCAUACGCAGAUCAAUCCAGUCCACAGCGGGGCCAUCAGGUGUACUCCGGUAUUGAUUGAGCAUCUAAGCAGCAAUACCUAGGUCAGAGAUCCGUAGCUAUGAAUGCCUCUCAGUCCGCCCUUCGGCGAGCGUCCCGUCUUCGUCUCUCGGCUCGACCACAUCUCGCCACGAAUCAGCGCCAAUGGGCUCGAUACGCCAGUGACUCAGCUGAAGGGAGGCCCAAGCGGCGGGGAGGGAAAGCCGUGGGAUUUGCGGCUGUUUUCGCCGUGGCGGCAGCAGGAGCAUACUACUAUCCUAAGCUCCAAGCUCGACUGAGCUCGGCUCCUGAAGCAGCCCAGCCAGGGUAUCAGAAAGCUGACUUGGAAUUCGAAAAGACUCGCAAGCACGCUGCCUCAAAGGAAGAGAACCGCGAGCUGAUUAGCUCCCAGCACAUGCAGGUGAAGAAAAGCUGGGAGCAUCCCGGAGUUUAUGCUUGGGGCUCGAAUACGGGAAAAGUCAUUGACCCUAGUUCGAAUGAGAAGAACAUCAAGCUUCCGCGUAGAAUAUCCCAUUUCGACAACCAGCUUCUCCGUGACUUGAAGCUCACUCAGGAUUUUGGCGCAGCCAUCACGGAGAAGGGCGACCUUGUGCAAUGGGGCUUGGGGUUUUCCAAGGCAGAUCCAACGCCGGUGACGACUCUGAAGGGCAAGGAUCUUGCCAAAAUUGAAGUAUCAGAGGACCGGAUUAUUGCUUUAUCUCGCGGCGGCUCGGUAUAUGCCAUACCGGCCUCCCGUGAUGAUCAACAGGGCGGCAAGAAGCUGGAGCAGGAGAAGAGCUCUUGGUCCCUCUGGUCUUCGUCUGGCAGCGAGGCUAUCAGCUUCCAAAGCUUGACCCCAACAGGGCUCAGAUGGGGUGAGCGCGUUGUCGAUAUCAGCAGCGGACAAGAGCAUUGCUUGCUGCGAACUUCAACCGGACGAGUUUUCUCCUGUGCCUCGAGCGCUUCAUCCUUUCCGACCAAGGGUCAAAUGGGCAUUCCAGGCCUCACCUGGGAGACACGCCCAAAAGGGCGCUAUGAUCAACCACAUGAAGUCAUUUCGCUCAAGGGGUUUGAUAUCAAGCAAAUCGCAACGGGAGACUAUCACUCGGUUGUUCUAGAUAAGCUCGGACGCAUCUUUACGUUUGGUGACAACACUUUUGGUCAACUUGGCUUUGAGGCCCAACUGGGCAGUGCUUUUGUCUCUACCCCUACUAUUUUACAAACUCACAAGCUGUACGGAAGCAGUGGGCUGGUACCCAAAGUUUCGUCAAUCGCUGCCGGUGGUUUGAAUACCUUCUUUUCCUGUGAAGCUGAUGUGCCUGACACCAGCAACACCGAGGUCGGCGCCACAGCACCUUCAAGGAGAUUACCUCACAGCACGUUUGACAUUUGGGCCGCAGGGCAAGGCACCACUGGCUCGCUUGGUACUGGCAAAUGGACUCAUGUUUCUCUCGGACCUACCAAACUGAAGGGGCUUUCAGGACUCUCUGAGUUUGACGAGAGAAGCAACCAGCUAGUGCCUAUCAAGAUCAAGACUCUGAACAUUGGCGCGACUCAUGGCGCCGCAAUCAUGGACAAUGUGACACAGACUUCUGUGUCGAGCCGGUCCUCUGAGAAUGAGACAUACUGGGGAUCUGACGUGGUCUUCUGGGGAGGCAACGAACAUUACCAGCUAGGAACAGGCAAGCGGAAUAACUUGAACACACCUACAUACAUUUCACCAUUGGAUGGGGACGCAGGACGGCACAGAUUAUGUCUGACACCUCGACAAACUGCCCGGCUAGGAGAAGGCGGCAAGGGCCGCAAAGUGACGCUGGAACAAAAAGUUGAAUGCGGAAGAUUUGUCACAGGGGUUUACUCUGCCGUUUGAUGGAAGCAAGAAAAAGGGGGAGACGAAAAGCCAUGUACAAGUAUAGAGUGAUGGAGAGGGUAAUAAUAGGUCGGGGCUCAGCUGAUGCAGGAUGUUGGAUGCGCAUAUCCGCCUAUUGCUGAGCAUACACAUACGGGAUUUGUAUUGGCUUAUAAGUUGUUGGGUGUCACAUGUCUCACAUGGUGUGUUGAAACCAAAGAUGGCGGUGCGAAGAAUUAAUGGUUGGAAAGAUGAGGGAAAAAAAAAAGAAAAACGGAAAGAGAAGGGAAAAGAAAAAAAGCAAGGAAAAGCAAGGAAAAGAAAAGAA